AUCCAGCAGACCCUGUAGUCCUCAAGCGGAGUAGUCGCUGCACUGGCGUGCAGGGAUUUAUGGGACAUGUAGUUCUAAAAGAAACGUCAUCACGUAAAAUCUACGCGACAGGAAGCAGCAUGGCUCUGACGGUGUUGUUUUUGAUGUCACAUUAGUUACCUGAGUUAGUUAUGGAGAACCCCGAGACUCUUGGAACAGAAGUCGUUUGUCCUGAAGGAGGUUUAGCAGCGCCAUGUUGUCCGCACGGUCCGACUUUGCUCUUUGAGAAGGGCAGGGGGGGAAGACGGUUCUACGCAUGCUCAGCCUGUCGGGACAGGAAGGACUGCAGCUUCUUUCAGUGGGAAGAUGAAAAGGUUUCAGAAGCCAGACUGCGGGCUAGAGAGGAGGUAAACCGGUUAAAGCAGCAGGAGUACAGAAACAGGUUUGAGGAGUUGGCCUCUGUCCUUCAUCAUGAGAAGAAGUUCUGUGACGACUGUCAAAUGCUGCUCCUGCCUGCAGAGCAUGGCGCUCACUCAGCCCACAGAACCACAGCUGUCACCGCGGCCCAGCUUAGAAGGCCCAGCUUGCUGCUGCGUCCACUGGACAACAAGAAGAGCAACGCCCAGUAUCUGUUCACCGAUCGCAGCGCAAACUUCCUGCUGGAUUCCCUAGCUAGUCUGGGCUACACAAAGGUUCUCUGUGUUGGCACGCCCAGGCUGCAGGAGCUCAUCAAGCUGCAGAAGAGCGGGUCUAUGAAGAGCCUGCUACUGGACAUCGACCUCAGAUAUGCCCAGUUCUACAGUCAAAAUGAGUUCUGCCACUACAACAUGUUCAACCAUCACUUCUUUGGUGGAGAGGCUUCCUCUGCUGUGCUGAAGUCUUUCCUUAAGGAGGUGGGUGAGGAGAAGGUGGUGAUGGUGGCUGACCCUCCAUUCGGUGGUCUGGUGAAGCCUCUGGCCAACAGCUUCUCUCUGAUUUCUCAGACAUGGAAGGAUCAGCAGGACUCUGAAGACGGUCCCACAGAGAUGCCCAUCAUUUGGAUCUUCCCAUACUUCUUUGAGCCACGAAUUCUGGAGUGUCUCCCCUCUUUGUCCAUGUUGGACUACCAGGUGGAUUAUGACAACCAUCCUCUGUAUAAACAUGGGAAGACGGGCAGGAGGCAGUCUCCAGUCAGGCUUUUCACCAAUAUUUCAUCCAGAUGCAUCAUUCUGCCCCAGGAGGAGGGCUACAGGUUCUGCGCUGCGUGUCAGAGAUACGUGAGUUCUCUGAACAAACACUGCUCCGAGUGCAACCGCUGCCCCUCCAAGAACGGAUGUGAAUGGAAGCACUGCUCAUCGUGUGAGAAGUGUGUGAAAUCAUCCUGGAAACACUGUGGCUCCUGUGGCCGCUGUGCCCUCCCGGACCACCCGUGUGGGCGUGGCCAGAACCAGCAGGGCCGCUUCAGCUGCGGAGGCUUGGACCACAAACGGAAGUUCUGCCCCGUUAAAGACGCUCACAAGAACAAGUGAGAGAGGAGGCCCAAAAGCCAGACUGUGGAUAAAAGGUUUUCCCGUCAUUGUCUAAAGCUGAAAGCCAAAAACAAGUCUGGAGCUGCUCGCCAACAAAAGAAAAUGGCUGCUCAACCUCUGUGACCUCGGGAAGUGCCGCUGUUUACUUUCAGUGUUGUUAUUGAUGCUUGAAGUGUUUAUUAGACAAUAAAAUACAAGAAGAGUUGAA